AUUCCACCUGGAAUAUUUGAAUAUCCCAGAAAAUCCAAUGGGAUAUCUUAUUACUGUAAGGGAAGCACUUUUUAAUUUGUCAAAUCCGACUUGAAAAUUUGUUCUCUACUUUAUAUUAGCAAUUUGCAAUAAUCCAUUUGAUAAAAUUCAAGUUUUCAGGUGAAACAAAUCUAGUAUCGUUGAAAUCUAAUUUAUUUUGCAUGUAUGUUUGUGUAGUUUAUAAAGUAUUGAAUCAUUGAGCUUCUUCGUUUGGUCACCAAGUGCAUCCUUUACAAUGAAGCGCGACACGUGUUACCAUGGAAAUUUGCGAGGUCAUAAGCACAACAAUUUGUAUGCAUCGAUGAUAUUCUUUUCGCGCAUUGUCAGUUUUAAUCGACGGGAUAUAAGAGUAAGAUGUAGUGAAUUUUGUACAAGUUCGUCUGGAGAAGCGACGGCAUCGAUGAUAAGCGAGUACAUUGCCACUAAACUGAGUUCUUUGAAAAAGAUGUCCGUAGGAGUCCUUGGAAGUGUUUUGGGCAGAAACGGGCUCAUGGCUAAUGCUGCGAAUGUUGUGAUAGGUGAACCGCCCAAAAUGUGGGACGUAAAUCGAUACGCAACAAAGAAAACAAUCGCUCAAGGGAUGCUAGACAUUGCCCUGCUCACUACAAAUGCAUCUCAACUCAAGUUUAUCCUGCAGAUCGGAGUUGAACACGAUUAUUACACCCUUAUGCUGACAUUAAUCGGCAUAUCUAUUGGAUUACAGCUUGUGCAAGGCAUAAUUUGCGUAUUAUUGGGAUCAAACUUUGAUAUAAACAACGAGCAUCAUCAAGGCAAAGCGAAUUUAUGGAACGAUGUCUGCAUGUCAAUGAUGGUAGUGACCGUGGCCGUGAACGUGAUACUUUCUUCAUUCGAAUUGCGAGAUUCAAAUUACGUUCAAUAUAGAUCUAUGAAGCCCAGCAUUUCCGAUGAAGGAAACGCGUGAUGACAUUAUAUUAAUAACCAAUAUUUAAAUUAUUUUAUAUCCGUAUAUAAAAAAUCCAAUACAUAUCAGUAUCAACGAAAUGGAUAGGACUGUCGCGAAAUACUCUAAUUUAAGAACGUGAAUGAAAAGGAGAUUAACAUGACCACUUUCAUUUAAAUUAUUGAUCAAUUAGUAAAUAAGAUACUAUUUUCCCAUUUUGUAUUCAUCUAGCAUUUUAAAGAACAAUCUUGAACUUAAAUUAUUUUCACAAAUACCAGAUUACCUCUGAGAUAAUCACCUGCCAGAAAAUUUCUAUAAAAUGAAAUCUUGGACGCAGCAGUAGGAUUUUAAUAUUAGAUUGAAAACUGAAUAUUUCAUUUUCAAGUUUUAUUAGAUUUGAUUAUCAUUCUGUAGAACCAAAUUUUUAUAUUAUAGCAAUAAGUGAUUGAUAAGUAGUAAAAAAUAAAACAUACAUUUUAAAUUGUAAUUGAUUAAUUAAUUAAUUAACAGUGAAUAAAUUAUAUAACAAGAGAUAUUUAGGAUGUGAGUAACUGCUUUCACUGAUAGUUUAAUUGCUGUCACUUUUUG